AUGGCGAAUCCGGAUCCAUUACCCGAUGCUUUGCUUGCUGCUGCUGUGCUUCCAUCACCUAAUUUUUCAAUUGAUGCUUUCGACAAGAAAAAGUUGAAAUGGAUGCGGUGGGUGGAACGACUGGAAACUGCUUUUUCCAUCUUCGGGAUUGCUGACGCUGUGAUGCGGAAAAAUCUACUAUUGCAUCAUAUGGGUCCCGAAACGUACGAUGUCAUUUGCGACAAAAUUGCACCAGAGGUUCCCCGAGACAAAACGUACGAGCAAAUUGUCGUUACCCUGGAAGGAUUUUUCAACCCCCAGCCGUUGGAAAUAAGUGAAAAUUUCCGGUUCAAGUGUCGCCGGCAAGGUGACAAGAAUGCUGCUUCCCCCGAUGAAUCUGUGGACGAAUAUUUAGUGUCCCUCCGCCGAAUUGCUGUUACGUGCAACUUUGGUGAUUAUCUUGACACGGCGCUGCGAAACCAGCUGGUAUUCGGGAUAAAACGAAACGAUAUCCGAAGUCGGCUAUUGGAAAGAAGGAUCCUUACCCUUCAGGAAGCCCGUGACAUUGCUGUUAGUAUGGAGCUGUCGCGGAAAGGCGGAGCUGAGAUCGAGGGAAACUUGGCGAAGCAAGAAGUCUUCGCGCUGCGCCGGAUGAAAGGUAAAAGUGCUAAAAACAUUGAAAUUAGUGAAAAAGGGAAAUCCUCCACGAAUGUGCAUCCAAACGCGGGCAAGGUUAGCUGUUUUCGCUGUGGGGAUAAAUCUCACCUUGCAAAUGCAUGUAAGCAUAGGGAAACCGUUUGCUCAUUUUGCAAAAUAAAGGGGCAUCUCGCAAAAGUGUGUAUGAAAAAGAACGCGAAAUCGAACGAUACUUCUGGUCGUGCCGGGAAUACAGCAAACGUAGCUCAGACGAAUUACGUCGAUCAAUCCGGUAAUGGUGCGAAGCCUACUAAUGCGGAAGUGCGCGAAGUGUGUACCGUCGAGUCGAUGCCAGGAAAUACGAAAUUCUGGCUCGAAGUGCGUGUAAACGGAUCGAAUAUUCGGUUUGAGGUCGACACUGGAUCGCCAGUCAGUAUUAUCAGUGCUAGGCUCCGGAAAAGCCUGUUUUCGAAGGCGCGGUUGCGUGUGUGCGAUACGAAUCUUAUUAGUUACUGCAACAACAGCAUCGAUGUGCUGGGUAUUAUCGACGCGCGGGUGGAAUCCGACGACAAGAUUAUUACGUUACCGUUGUAUGUGGUGAAUUCCGAUAAACAUCCAUUGCUGGGAAGAGAGUGGCUAAAAGUUUUGUCGGUUGACUGGAAUAAGGUACUUCGGGGACCGAGUGCUGUUAAUACAAUUGCUGCUGCCACUGCUUCUAUUUCUACUGCUGCUGCGCUCGAAAAAGUGUUGGCGAAGUACCCGAGGGUGUUCGAUAAUUCAAUCGGUAAAAUUUCCAGUGUCCAAGCCAACUUACCGUUGAAGAGUAAUGUGCGUCCUGUGUUCGUGAAAGCAAGGAAGAUGCCCUUCAAUAUGCAAAAAAUCGUGGAGAACGAAUUGGAUAAACUCGUUGCGGAGGGAGUACUUACAAAAGUUAACCAAAGCAAUUGGGCGACACCAAUCGUUCCUGUGAAAAAGUCCCAAAAUCGUGUGCGGAUUUGCGGGGACUAUAAACAAACUGUGAAUCCAAAUCUCGUGGUGGACAAGCAUCCACUACCGACUGUGGACGAAUUGUUUGCUUCGUUGGCUGGUGGAAUCAAAUUCACCAAAAUUGAUCUCGUUCAAGCAUACUUGCAAAUGGAAGUCGCUCCUGAGGAUCGAGAAAUGUUAACAUUGAGUACUCACAGAGGUUUGUACCGUCCAAAUCGUCUGAUGUACGGCGUCGCUUCGGCGCCAGCAAUCUGGCAACGUCAGAUGGAAAUAAUACUGCAGGGAAUUGACGGAGUCAGCGUGUUUCUGGACGACAUAAAAAUCUCUGGUGCUGAUGAUGAAACUCAUUUGCGUCGGCUGGAAGAGGUUCUUCGGCGACUAAAUUUACAUGGUAUUCGUGUGAACAAGGAGAAAUGCGACUUCUUUGUUGACACGAUUGAAUAUUGCGGGUACCUGAUUGAUAAGGAUGGUAUCCAUAAACUGCGUAAGAAGAUUGAAGCGAUCCAGGAAAUGCCCCGACCGAAAAAUAAGGACGAAGUUCGGUCGUUCGUCGGAUUAAUCAAUUACUACGGUCGGUUUUUCGAGAAUCUGAGCACUGUGCUGUAUCCUCUGAACAACCUAUUGAAACAUGAAGUGCCCUUCAAGUGGACUAAUCAAUGCGAAGUGUCCUUCCGGAAGGUGAAGGAGCAAAAUGCAGUCCGACAGUUUCCUUGUCCACUACUCGCCCGAACUACCGCUGCUGCUUGCCACGGAUGCAUCACCUUGCGGAGUUGGUGCUGUGUUAAGCCAUGUAUACCCCGACGGUACUGA